AUGACUGUCUCCAACGGAAGCAGUGGCGCUCGCCGCCCCCUCCCCGUCGGCAUCUACGCCCCCACCAUGACCUUCUUCGACCCCGAGACGGAAGAUCUCGACAUCCCCACCAUCAAAAAGCACGCCGAGCGUCUGGCCAAAGCCGGUCUCGCUGGCCUGGUUGUCAUGGGCUCCAACGGGGAGGCUGCCCACUGCACGCGGGAGGAGAAGCUGGCCGUGACCAAGGCCACCCGUGAGGCUCUCGACGCCGCCGGCUUCCAGAGCACCCCCAUCAUCCUCGGCGCCACCGAGGGCAGCGUCCGCGGCACCAUUGAGCUCUCCAAGGCCGCCAUCGAGGUCGGCGCCGACUACUCUCUCAUCCUCCCCCCCUCCUACUUCCGCGCCCAGAUGGACGAGCAGGCCAUCUACGACUACUUCAUCGCCGUCGCCGACCAGAGCCCCAUUCCCCUCGUCCUCUACAACUACCCCGGCGCCGUGUCCGGCAUCGACAUGGACAGCGACCUGCUCAUCAAGCUGGCUGAGCACCCCAACAUCGUCGGCACAAAGUUCACCUGCGGCAACACGGGCAAGCUGACCCGCGUGGCCCUCGCCACCAACGCAAAGACCCCUUGGUCAGAGGGCUCCGGCUACAUGGCCUUUGGUGGCAUAUGCGACUUCACGGCCCAGACCCUCGCCAGCGGCGGCAGCGGCAUCAUCGCCGGCGGCGCGAACGUCAUGCCCAAGGUCUGCGUCAAGGUGUGGAACCUCUACUCGGAGGGCAAGAGGGACGAGGCCAUUGAGCUCCAGAAGAAGCUCAGCCGCGGCGACUGGUUCCUGACAAAGGCCGCCAUCGCCGGCACCAAGGGCGCCAUCCAGAGCUACUACGGCUACGGAGGCUUCCCCAGACGGCCCCUGAGACGUCUGGAGAAGGCCCGCACCUCGUCUAUUGAGGAGGGGAUCAAGGAGGUGAUGGAGAUUGAGAACUCGCUCUAA